AUGGACGCCAUGGGGAAGUCAGCUUGGCCAGCUUUGGUCAGCGAUGAAAACCUUCUCCAGGCUCAAGCAGCCCUGCAGCACAAGCAGAGCCCCCAGAUUUCGGUCCCCCGAGAUUUCUUCUCUCCCAUCCUCGAAGAACUCAUCUAUCGUCGCGAGUCAGAUUCGUCCGUCGCGGAAAUCGAACAUGAGUACUCCCAUCUCCGAAAGGAACUUCGCAAACAGACCCAUCUCAGUGAGGCUUUUCAGAAGGAUCUGCGUGGGAUCGGGGAUAUCAUCACAAAAGUGGCGUGUGGCGACCUCUCGCAGAGAGUGCGCAUUGAUCCACUCGAGAUGUCAUCCGACAUCACGACCUUCAAGCAGACGAUCAACACAAUGGUGGAUCAGCUGCAGAUUUUUAGCCAGGUCUCCAAGGUCACUCUCAAGGUCGGUACUGAUGGGGAGCUUGGGGGCCAGGCCAAGACCGAGGGCAUGGAGGGCAUCUGGCAGGAGCUCAGCGUCAAUUUGAACGCCAUGUCUAAGAACCUGACCACGCAGAUUCGCGACAUCACCGCGGUGACUACUGCCGUCUCUAAGGGUGAUCUGACUCGCAAGGUGCAAGUGGACUGCAAGGGCGAGGUAUUGUUGUUGAAGAAUAUUCUCAACUCGAUGGUCGACCAGCUGCGCGAGUUCACUUUUGAGGUCAGCCGUGUCGCCCACAACGUUGGGUCCAACGGCACACUAGGUGAUCAGGCGGUCGUUCAUGGCCUGGAGGGUGUAUGGAAGAACCUGACAUCCAACGUUAAUCGAAUGGCCGCUAACCUCACAGAGCAAGUCCGUGAGAUCGCCAAAGUGACGACCGCCGUUGCUCGUGGUGAUCUCACAAUUAAGGUGACUGCUGAUGUGAAAGGCGAGAUCUUGAAUCUGAAGCUUACUAUCAAUGCGAUGGUUGACCGGCUGAACCAACUCGCGUUCGAAGUGAGCCGAGUGGCCAGUGAAGUAGGCACCGACGGCGUGUUAGGCGGACAAGCCCGAGUAGAGAAUGUCGAAGGCCGUUGGCGCGAACUGACAGAUUAUGUAAAUACAAUGGCUCAGAACCUCACGAUGCAGGUUCGACAGAUCUCCGAAGUGACUCAAGCCGUCGCCCGAGGUGAUUUGAGCACUAAGAUCGAGAUUCACGCCCAAGGCGAAGUCCUUAAUUUGAAAGAAACGAUCAACAGUAUGAUUGACAGCCUCGGGCGUUUCACCAGAGAGUUGCAAGGCGUGGCGAGGGAUGUUGGCGUCCGAGGCAAGCUCGGCGGGCAGGCGAAUGCAGAGGGGCCUUAUGGAAUUUGGAGGUCAAUCAGCGAAGAUGUUAAUACAAUGGCAGACAACCUCACCUCGCAGGUUCGAGCGUUCAGAGAAAUUACGGAAGCAGCAGUGAGUGGUGAAUUCACUGAAUUGAUCACCGUGUCAGCAUCAGGCGAAAUAGAUGACUUGAAACAAAAGAUCAACAAGAUGAUCUCUAGCCUGCGCGACAGCAUCCAGCACUACACCGCUGCCCGCGAGGCAGCAGAGUUGGCAAAUCGCAGCAAAUCAGAGUUUCUUGCCAGUAUGAGCCAUGAGAUCCGAACGCCAAUGAAUGGAAUCAUCGGACUUUCGAGCUUAGCUAUGGACACAGAUGACCUUCCUCAAACCGUACGAGAAUCUCUUAACAUGGUGCAGAGCCUUGCCAAUAGCCUUCUGACCAUUAUCGAUGAUAUCCUCGACUUAUCCAAGAUCGAGGCUAACCAAGUGAUUAUCGAGAAGAUGCCGUUUAGCUUGGGGUCCACCGUUCUUAGUGCGUUGAAAGCCCUGGAGGUGGAAACUGGCGAGAAAGCAUUGAGCUUGGUCUACACAGUCGACAACACUGUGCCCGAUUAUCUGGUCGGGGAUGCAUAUCGCCUGCGUCAAAUCAUACUGAACCUGGUGGGUAAUGCUGUCAAGUUUACCGACCGUGGCGAAAUCCACGUCUCGAUCAAGCUCGCCGAGGACAGCAAAUACCCGCUCGAUGAAACCGUAUUUGAAUUUUCGGUCUUGGAUCCCGGCAUUGGAAUCAAUGAGAGCAAAUUGGGACUUAUCUUCGACAAGUUCCAGCAAGCUGACGGAUCAACAGCUCGCUGUUUCGGUGGUACGGGCCUAGGCCUCCCAAUUUCAAAGCAUCUUGUUUCUCUCAUGGGAGGAGAUAUCUGGGUCACCUCGCGUAUGGGUGGCGGCAGCAAAUUUUCCUUCACCUGUCGGGUGAAGCUUGCCGAAGCCCCAAUGGGAUUUGCAGAGCAAUUACUCCCCCACCGAGGCCGCCGGAUCCUGUUUAUUGAUGAUGGUUAUGUGGCUGGGUUCCCUGCUGCUCAUAUGUUGCUUGACUUUAGUCUGGAGCCUGUGGUCGUUACCGAAAAACAGUUUAUCUCGGGCCAAUGCCAGGCAAAAUGGGUUUGCAGCUUCGACGCGAUCUUGGUAUCGACUAUUGACAUAGCGGCAAAGUUGCGCGCCUACACAAAUUCCUCGCCUAUCCCUUUGGUAAUGAUAGGCCCGGUGGUAUCUCUAUCACUUAAAUCCGCUAGGGAGCUUGCUAUCACAUCCUACAUCACCACACCCUGCCGAUCUAUCGAUCUCUGGAAUGGCAUAUUACCCGCCCUAGGGGAUUGUACGAAUCACGCCCCGUCAGAAUGUCCUGGAUGCCUGGAAAUCCUUAUGGCAGAAGAUAACGACGUCAACCAGAAAGUAGCCGUCCGCAUCCUGGAAAAGUACAACCACAAAGUCACCGUCGUGGAAAACGGGCUGCAGGCCGUCACAGAGAUCGAGCGUCGCCGGUACGAUGUGAUCCUCAUGGACGUCCAGAUGCCGAUCAUGGAUGGCCUCCAAGCGACGGGCAAGAUCCGGCAAUACGAGGAAGUAAACAACUUACCUCGCACGCCCAUCGUGGCUCUCACUGCGCACGCGAUGCUUGGUGAUCGAGACAAGUGCAUCCAGGCCGGCAUGGACGAUUACCUAUCCAAGCCGCUGAACUCGAAGAUGAUGAUGCGGACGAUUCUGAAAUGCUCCACAGUGAGCAUCGUGUCCUCGCCGACUGUUGCGUCUUAA